CCUGUCAGUGUGCUUUCAAAACCCAAACACUGUGCACAGCUGCUAGCAAAAGAAGCGUAGGGGAAGAAAGGGGACACAGGCCAAGGGGUGGUGAAAUUGUUUUUGUUACUAUUUACUUUAGGUAGUUUCGUAACAUAGCUAUUGGUUCAGGUGUCAAUUUUGUAUUCGUAGUGGCUGAGUCGAUCCGGAUUUGGCUUGGGACUUUCAUGACCAACUGACAUAAAGCUAGCUUUAGAGUACGGAUAGUUAGCAUAGCCUAGCCCCUGCUGAAUCGGCUGUGUACAACAGGGCGUGAUUUAAGUAAAGAGAACAGGUUGGUUUGAUGCACGUGCCAUCAAAGCCGGAGGCACCAUGAGUGCGGAGGUGGAUGCACUGACUGUAGUAAACCAGCUGAGAGAUCUCGCUGCGGACCCCCUGAAUCGAAGAGCCAUAGUUGAGGACCAGGGUUGCCUUCCGGGGCUCAUCCUUUUUUUCGACCAUCCUAACCCACAGGUUGUCUACUCUGCAUUGUUGGCUGUGCGCUACCUGGCAGAAUGUCGGGCCAACAGAGAGAAGCUGAAGGGCGAGCUGGGCAUGAUGCUGAGCUUGCAGAAUGUCAUGCAGAAGAGCACAUCCCCCGGGGAGACCAAACUGCUGGCGUCUGAGAUAUACGAGAUUCUGCAGUCAGCUGGUAAAGAAGAGGCUGAGCAGGCCGAGGCAGCCGCUGCGUCCUGCCGCCGUAAAGCCCACUUCUUCCUCGGCUCCAACAACAAGAGGGCCAAAACUGUAGUUUUGCACAUCGACGGACUGGACGACUCUACUCGAAGGAGCCUGUGUGAGGAGGCUUUGCUAAAGAUACGAGGAGUCAUCAGUUUCACCUUCCAGAUGGCCGUGAAGCGAUGCGUUGUCCGUAUCCGUUCCGACCUUAAAGCUGAGGCAUUGGGAACAGCAAUUAACUCCACCAAAGUAAUGAAGGCUCAGCAGGUGGUGAAGACAGAGGACGGCGGAGAGCUGAUGGUACCAUUCCAGGAGGAUCCGUCUGUGCUGGUGGAGGAGAACACAGACAUCCCAGACUACUUACCUGAGGACGAGAGUCCAUCGCAGGAGCAGGACAAGGCCGUCACCCGGGUGGGGUCGGUCACAGACGGCCUGGGCUGGCUCAGCACGGCCGCCAACUUCCUGACACGUUCAUUCUACUGGUGACAGCUUCCCGCGUCUCACUCAGCAUAGUGUCGGUUUUCACCCUGCGUCACUAGUUUUAGGUUCCCCUCUCAACAGCACAUGUGCUGGACUGCCAGUUGGAACAUGCAAUAACUUUAACAUGUGCAAAUAUUAGGCUACAAAUCCCACAACAAGGCUGUUUGUUCAUGACUAUAAACUAACUGCAGAUAUCUAGAGGACAUAGCCAAAGGACUCUAUAUCCAGCAGAACCAAAUAGCUUCCUGGAAAUGAGUAAUGCUAUGUUGAACUAGUAGAUAAAUGAGAGGUUCAGUUUCAUCUCUUUUUGUGCAUGAGUUCAGCUCUUCAUUUCCUUCCAUCUAUUCCAAUAUUUCCUCAUUAGAUUAUUUAUCCUUUAAAUUUGUUACAUUUUCAGUCACGUUUUGUUUGUUCUUUUCAGCAUGCUAUGUGCCAAUCUUGCCCGUUGCCUAAGUCCACAAAUAAUUUGUGUGGUUUUUGAGAGUUAGUUGUAAUUAUUUAUUCAUAUUUUACUCAAAUCAUUUGAGAGCUCUGAACAAAGGCUGUUAGUUCACAGAAAAAAGUAGACACCAGCAGAAACCGCUGCUCAUUCAGCCGCCGGCUCCCAUGCGUUGGACUGAAUUGUGAUUUUUAAAUCACAGCUUAUGAGUGUUUUGGCUGAUUGAUGCAGGGCAUCUAGAUACAUCCAAAUGUCACCUGCCAGUUAAUUUAAUGAAGUCAUUCAGUUUAAAUAGUGAAACUUCAUUUCACAUGGCUGUAUUUCAAACGUUUAUUUCUGUUAGCUUCGAUGACUCUGGCUUACAGCUAACGAAAACCCAAAAUUCAGUUCUGUGGAAAAUUAUAAUAUUACAUUAGAUUAAUAAUAAAAAAAAAAAAAAGCUUUUAAAACGGAAAUGUGAGCCUCUCAGUUUGGUCAUGGCUCGUUCUUGUGCGAAUUACAGCAUGGAAGUUCUGCUUUGAAAUUAAAUUAACGUUGCAAAACUUAGCAGUGGAAGCAUAAACUGCUGUAAUAUUUCUGUGCUGACUUUGGACUUCAUGAAACACAGAGGACCAACACCAGCACAUGACUUCACUGACAGUCAGUCGUACCUCAAGUCCUGGAUACAUCUCUGACUCCACUUCAGUCCAGAACUUGUAAAUAUUCAACUCUAAGGAAUGGGCUUUACUUUAUGAUCCUCUCCAGACUGUGGUUAUCCCUGCAACGUCUUCCACCAAACGUUUUCCUUCCUCUCUUCCAUUAAGAUGCUCUCUGUGGAAGACCAGCUUAUUUAGAACGCUUGUGGAGAAAGUCAAUGUCUGUCUGGAUGGCUGCUAGGUCAACCGAUUUAGGUCAAGAGGUUUGCAACCCACAUGCAGUUCUUUGGAUCUUCUACAUGGCUCUUAAUAACUAAGAAGUAGUAAAGUUUCAACUAAUGCUUUCAGGUCUCAGCCCUUCUUCGGGUUUUUGCAAUAAUAAUUAGUCACAUUAAAUUUUAAGUUUGUUUAAAUCAACUUAAACAAACUGGGUUAGAAACUUUGUGCUUUACAGGAUUUUUUCACAAACAUCAACAUCCCACAGAAGAAUAUGUGAAAUAUAUAUAUAUAUAUAUAUAUAUAUAUAUAUAUAAACGUACUAACGUCAGAGGGACGUGCAUAUGUCAGUAGUAAUAUGCUCUUCUUUAUUUGUCCAUGUUGCAGUUAAUCUUUGUUGCAUGUUUGUUUUUAGUAUAUAUAUUUAUAAAAAUAACAAAUUUUCCUAUUGCAGGUAUAAUUUGUCAAAUUCCUUUUUUUCCCUGACAGUUCAUUUAAUGUUUGUGGCUCUAGACAAGUUUUAUUUCACUUGACUGGGAACUUUCGCCUGGUUUAGGUCGUAGCGUUUCAUUUCUGCAUCGAAGUCAAUGCUUUGUUGGUCCUAUGUGCUAUAAUAAUUGUCAGACAAACUGAAUUUGGUGUUUUUACUACCUGGAAGCCGUAGUCAUCAAAAUGAGGUGUGACGAAUCCAGACACUUUACAAUGCAUUUCACUUUUUAAAUUGAAUUACUGAAAUAAUUCAACUUUUGGAUGAUUUUUCAAGUAUUUAGAUGCCGCUCAUCACACCCUUUUAAUGUGUUUGAUUGCUUUAUAAAAUUUAAAUCCAUCCAAGGUAACCUUAUGCAGGUAACCCCUCUAAGGUGAGCUCCUCUGUUAGCGAUCCUUCAUUGAUGAUGCUACCUCUGCUCUCAGCCUCGCCCUUCACAUCAACCUGGGCUGUGAUCUGUCAGUAACACCACAGCUCUGCAUGAUGAAGCCGCCUGCUUGGUAAAUAUUUCCCCGUGUUUCCUUGAAUUCCUCGGCCAUUUUUUUGCAGUAUUGUCACGACAGCUUAGCCAGCAGUGUCCUUAAAGCAGCGAUCAUGUUGGAGCACACUCUCACAUUCGAAGGACUCACACAAACGCUGUGGAGGAGAUGUAUAUUUUGUAAAUGGUGCCUCAUUCCCUGACGUGAAGGAUCUUUUUUUUUUUUUGUUAUUUUACUUUUAGUUUGAAUAAUUCUGGCUUUUAUUAUAGGUCACAAAUUACGACUAGAGCUCGUAGCAGCUGGUGUUUCUUUUUAAUCUCCUGAAUUUCACCUCAGGUUUAAUUAUUCUGACUUGUGUCAUUAACAGUUAUUACAGCCAGUGCUGACCGGGCCACUUUCUGUCUUUCAUGGUACGGAGACGUCACGUUUGGUUGGGGUCAAACCGAGAAAACGGCAGAGAAAAGCAAAACUGGUGGUGGCCAUGUUUUGAAAAGCAAUAAUUUUUUCUGGUUGAUGUCACCAUAGGUCAACAACACCUUGCAGACUAGCGUCAGCGGGACGUGCAUAUGUCAGCAGUAUUACUCUCUUCUUUAUUUGUCCACGUUGCAGUUAAUCUUUGUUGCAUGUUUGUUUUUAGGAUUUCAGCUCAUUUUGCAAAGAAAAUACUUGAAACCUGUUCAGAUUUCUUUUUUUUCUUUCUUCUUGCCAUUUGCCUCAGCUGUAAUAUCGAGAAAGAGCCUCUGACAAAAUCCUCGGAAAUGUAACCUCUUGUGUACAAACUUGGCAGAUGUAAUAUAACCUGUGCAGAUUUUAAAAGCUGUAGAUUCCUGUAUACUGUUAAUGCGAAACAAUGAUAAACAUUGAAAUAAGAGAAACGGUGUCGGCUUUCAA